CACUAACAUAGUAGAUUAGGACAUAUAAAAGUGUGACAUUUUACAGUACAUAUAUUAGAAGUAAUUCCUGCAAGAACCAGAGGCGGGUUUUGGGUUAAUUUAUUUUUAUUGAAGUUUUUUAUUCGUUAAUUAAGUUUUACUUUCAUUACUUUCAUUCACCAUGAAUCUUGGACUGUGUGUUUUAGUUGCUACCAUUUGGACGUAUACUCUUGCUUACCCAGAUCCCAAAUGCCCACCAAAUAAUGCAGUUAAAUGUAACCCCCGAUUUGAUGUUCCGUGUCAAUCAUCGAAGGAGUGUAGGGGAAAAAGAAUAUGUUGCCCUGAUGAAGGAGGUCACCCCGUUUGUACAACCUCACGUCCCGGAAGUUGUCGACGGGUAAAAACACGGCAUUGUGGGUACCGGAACACCGAUACAUCAGAGUGUUCCAGGGACGAUCAUUGUCCGUUACCCGCCAGAUGUUGUCUAACUGUUCAGAAUGGUCGGUGCAGAAGAACAUGUCAGUCGGGAACCGAUCUCGUUUAUACCCGUGGAUACUUUGGGUAGAGAGUUCAAAGGUCAAAAUAAUCUUAUAGGGGAAUAAAAGGACUCGAUCAUUGGUAGAUAAUAAUCAAUGAUGUUUUAUUUUGAUUGAAUUUUACUGAAAUGACUGCGAUGAAAUUACGAUUGAGACAAAGGCAAUGAUAAGGAAGAGAUUUUUCCGAAGAAGGAAAUGUGUCAGAUAUUUUUUUGUAAAGUUUGAUUGAUCAUGUGCAUUUAAAUGUGAUAUUAAUUUAAAUACAUUUUUGAUGACUAAAUCAUUGUGUGUUUGAUAUUAACAUUUCUAAUUGCCAGUAGAGGAUUUAUCAUUUAAAUUUAGAAUCGUUACAUUUUUAGGUCACCUGAGUCACUCAGGUGACCUAUUGCUAUCUGUUUUCGUCCGUCGUCGUCCGUCGUUCGUCGUACGUCGUUCGUCGUUCGUCGUCAAUCGGUCGUAAACUUUUGAACAUUUUCAGCUUCUUCUCUGCAACCACUGAACCAAUUUCAACCAAAUUUGGCACAAAGCAUCUAUGGGUGAAGGGGAACAAAAAUUGUGAAUUUCAUGAUUCCUGCCCCCCUGGGGCCUGAGGGGUGGGGCCAAAACCACUAAAAUUAAUGCAAUCUUUAAAAAUCUUCUUCUUUACUCCUGGACAUCAAGCAGUCAAACUGUUUGCAUGAUUGUAAUCAGCAUUGAGUCCUUUACCAAAAUUGUGAAAUUCAUGGCCCUGGGGUCAGGGGUACUUGUGCUAGGGCGGGGCUAAAAAAGUAUAUAGUGAAAAUGCAUUAUUUCUUUAAAAAUCUUCUUCUCUGCUCCUGGGUAUUAAAUAAACUAACUAAGUACAUAGUUAUGAUGAGCAAGAGUGCCUCUACCAAAAUUGUGAAUUUUAUGGCCCCAGGGUCAGGGGUUCUGGGGUAAGGGCGGGGCUCUAUUGAUUAUAUAGUGAAAAUACAUGAAUUCUUUGAAAAUCUUCUUCUCUGCUCCUGGAUAUUAAAUAAACUAACUAAGUACAUAGUUAUGAUGAGCAAGAGUGCCUCUACCAAAAUUGUGAACUUUAUGGCCCCAGGGUCAGGGGUUCUGGGGUUAGGGCUGGGCUCUAUUGAUUAUAUAGUGAAAAUACAUGAAUUCUUUGAAAAUCUUCUUCUCUGCUCCUGGGUAUCAAAUAAACUAACUAAGUACAUAGUUAUGAUGAGCAAGAGUGCCUCUACCAAAAUUGUGAAUUUUGUGGCCCCAGGGUCAGGGGUUCUGGGGUUAGGGCUGGGCUCUAUUGAUUAUAUAGUGAAAAUACAUGAAUUCUUUGAAAAUCUUCUUCUCUACUCCUGGGUAUUAAAUAAACUAACUAAGUACAUAGUUAUGAUGAGCAAGAGUGCCUCUACCAAAAUUGUGAAUUUUAUGGCCCCAGGGUCAGGGAUUCUGGUGUUGGGGGGGGGGGGGUAUUGAUUGUGCAUGUAUAGUGAAAAAACAUUAAAUCUUUGAAUAUUUUCUUCUUUGCUCCUAGACUUUAAGCAGAUGAAAUACCUAUAUAGUUAUGAGCAAGGGACCUAAUCUUCAAGAAUUGUAAAUUUCAAGACCCCAGGGUCAGUUGUACCAUAGAGGGGGGGGGGCUGUACUUAUAUACUAAAAAAUGAAUGAAUUGUUUGAAAUGUGCUCCUUGGUAUUUAUCAAAUAUUUUUGAAAAGCAAGGAUGCCUUUCCAAAAAUUGUGCAAUGUGUGGAUCUAGGCCUAAGAGUAAAGGGUUCAUGUGUAGUAGCGGCACAACUGAUUAUUGCUGAAUAUUACUGAUUUGUUGAAAUGCAUUUUUUGUUCCCCUACCAUGCCUAUGGGUAUUAAGCAACCAAACUAAGGAACUGUUAAGUGUAUAGUUAUGAUGACCAAAUUGUAAAUGCUAUAGCAUCUGGCUU